AGGGUUUGCUGGAUCGGCUGCAUUUGGAGAACUUGGAGUUUAAUGCUGCGCGUCUCACGGACGAGCUCCGCAGGCACCAGAUCCCCGUGGUGGUUACUGGGGGCGGAGUGGCUGUGGCCGACACCAGGCUUUACUUGACCCACGCCCGGCUGGACAUAAUAGCGGAGAAUUGCGAACUGCGGCUGGCCCCCAAGGGUUUUGCAGACGCCUCCGAAGGGAAUCUCGCCGAAGUCGCAGAACGGCAGCUGCAAGAGGUGAACACGCACAUUCGGCAGUUUUACUCGCUGCAGAAGCAGCAGGAGCUGCAGCUGCGGCUGCAGCGGCUCGACCGGCUGCUGAACGAACACUUGAAAGAAGCAGCAGCAAGAAAGGAGUUCGAGGCGGAGGCGAGGGAGGUGCUGCAGCAGCAGCAGGCC